AUGCAGUGUCUUCUUUCAUUCAAUGCUUUGGCCUUCCUUGGCAUGAGAAGAAAUUUUGCCCCCCAAAAAAAAAUGUGGCAUAAUGCAAGCAAUUUGACCAGAAUUCCGAAAAUCAACCGCACCCACCAUUUAGUGGCCAAUAAGGCGAAUGCUGCAUAUUCAACCGUCAAUUUUCCAUCUGAAACCCGGAAGCCAUUGAUGGACAGUUCCGCAUCUCGGGACAAUAAAAUGUGGGCGAAUUUGGUGCACUUGUCAAGAAUAACUAAACCUACCGGGAUUUGGCUGCUGUAUCUUCCUUGCGCUUGGAGCACUCAAUUCGGCUCGUACUCGAUGCUUUCAACCACACCGACACUGGUGUUUUGCAAUCCCAAGCUUUUAGUAAUGUUCCUUUUCGGAUCGGUGUUUAUGAGAACGGCUGGGUGUGUCCUUAAUGAUAUAUACGACCGUAAGAUAGAUUCGCUUGUUGAGAGAACCUCCGGUCGCCCAUUAGCUGCGGGAACUCUUUCCAUUGCUACUGCAUAUAAAUUUAUGGGGGUCCUAUGCGUUGGAGGAUUGGGAAUUCUUUCCCAGUUGCCACCUCUAGCAGCAGCUAUCUCAUUUGCAGCUGUUCUUCCAUGUAUAAUUUAUCCACUCAUGAAGAGGAUUACUUAUUAUCCACAGCUAAUGUUGGGCGUUGCAUUCAAUUGGGGGGCUCUGGUCGGCUACCCUGCAGUUUUGCUGCCUUUGGCGUGCGUGGCCGAUCCACUUUCAAUUUCUGCGCUGUAUCCGAUGUUGCCAACGAUGUUGCCUUUAUACUUUGGCGGGAUUCUCUGGACAUUGGUUUAUGAUACAAUCUAUGCAUACCAAGAUCUCAAAGACGACGUAAAAAUUGGCGUCAAAUCAACUGCCAUCAAGUUUGGGCCCAAUCCAACGAAAGUGCUGUCCCUUUUCUCUGCCUUGGCAAUAUUUUCAUUCAACAUCGCUGGCUGGAUCAAUGGCCAAUCGCUUGUUUAUUUUGGCCUUCUAAAUGGCGGACUGCUCCCUUUUCUUCUCUGGCAAGUAAAUUGGGCCAAUUAUUCAUCCCCAGCGAGCUGCUGGAAGAUGUUUUCGCUGUCUUCGUAUUUUGGAUUGGCUUUCUUCUGUAUUAUUUUGAUAGACUCAUACCUUCUCGGUCGGAGAAAGGAAGCUGCAGAGCGUGGAUCUUAA